CUUUUUGUGAUUGGUUUUAUUUAUCAUGUUUUGUUUAGAAGUUUAAUGAAAAAUCUCACAAAGAUCUUUCAAUAAUGCCUCAAAUCGUUCGAGACAUGUUUCAAAACGGCAUAGCUUAUGACGAGCCGGAUCGAAUGCCCGAUAAGAUUAACAUUCGGAAUCUGGACAUUAUUAUGUAUGUUGUAGCUAUUUUGGGUCAUUUUGUCGACUUAGGACUCGAUAUAAAUAUUGCUGUUAGAUAUUCGUUGGCUGGAAUGGUGACAGAGUUCGGCUGGACCCUCGCCUUUAUUCUUAUACCUGCUUUUGUGAAUACAGCGGUCUCGAUACGAAUGUAUGCCCAAGAUAAACAACAAGAUUCACUAACAAAUGAGCUGACAAGGAGAAAAUGGGUUCGAAUCUUCAUACUUGUUCUACAGAUGGCUCCGAUACUUAGAUUUGCUGAUGCUCUAAUUUAUGCUAUAAAAUCUCGACGAGCUGCAAGCAGGAAAGAUGUCGCAUCUCAAAAGUUAUACUUUGGUCUUAUGCUGAAAGAAGACUCUGAUGCAGCAUUGCUCCGGAUAUUUGAGUGUUUCCUGGAAGCCGCACCACAACAGGUGCUACAAACCAGUCUGCUGUUGAGAGCUCAAGAGGAAUUUGCUGUGCAUCAAAUCCUAUCGAUAGUUUCAUCAGUGGUGGGUAUGGGUUGGUGCCUGGCUGCGUACCAGCGAGCCAUACGGUUCGCUCAGAACGACAAGUCCAACAUGACUUGGUACGGGACUAUACUGCAAACGGUUUGGCACUUUCUCGUCACGUUGAGCCGCAUAUCGUCUCUGGCCGCAGUGGCUUACCUGUACCCUCACUGGACGGUCGUGGCGUGCUUGGCCCACGUGGCGGCCACGGCGACCCUGCUGCAGAUGUUUGACCGGUCAGACUUCUGCUCACAGAACAAACUGGCCGAGGUGUCCUUCUCCCUGGCCCUGGGAGCCGUCUAUAUAUUCACGUACGUGCUCCCCGUGGAAGGGAGGACCAGACACAGAUACGCUGUAUACUACGUCGUAUGCUUCAUCCAGAAUAUAAUAUGUGCUUCGAUAUGGUUCUACUAUUCAGAGGACGAAUUAAAACAAUCCGUGUAUUUCGUACCGAUUCUGGUGUUGUGUAUCUUGCCAUUUAUUAUUGGCAUAAGUGUAAUGGUGGUGUAUUAUGCGUUCUUUCAUCCAAAACUAGGGAGGAAUAAAGAUGAUUCGGCUGUCUCUUUUAAAGUCGUCGACCAGGUUGCUGAGUUUAGCUAGUGCUCGAUUUAGGUGUUGGAAUAAAAUUUCAGUGGCCAUAUUGAAAAUGAUUACAAAACAUUUCCAUAAUUAAGAUCUGGUUUUGAUUAAAAAUCUCAAUAUCUUUAUAGUCUUGAGAUCUGA